AUGGUUAUCGCCAACAACGCUACUCUUGAAGAGCAGGACCCGGAGAUCUUCAACCUUAUCGAGGCCGAGAAGAAUCGACAGUGGAAAUGCUUGGAACUUAUUGCCUCGGAAAAUUUUACCUCGCGUGCUGUAAUGGAUUGUCUCGGUUCGUGCCUUACUAACAAGUACGCAGAAGGUUUGCCGAACGCGCGCUAUUACGGUGGCAACGAAGUUAUCGAUAAAAUUGAGAUUUUGUGUCAGCAGCGUGCUCUUACGGCAUACGAUCUAGACGCAGAAAAGUGGGGUGUUAAUGUGCAGCCGUACUCAGGGUCGCCUGCCAACUUUGCGGUUUACACGGCCUUGUUACGCCCACACGACCGUAUCAUGGGUCUGGACCUUCCAAGUGGAGGUCAUCUCACUCACGGGUUUUACACGUAUUCAAAAGCCGAGAACACGCGUAAGGCUGUGUCUGCCACGUCCGUGUAUUUCGAGUCAUUGCCGUACCGUGUAAACGCUGACACUGGUCUUAUCGACUUUGAAAAGCUUGCUGAACUAGCCGCUCUUUUCAAACCUGCGAUGAUCAUCUGUGGUGGCAGUGCCUACCCGCGUGAUUGGGACUAUGCUGCUUUCCGCAAGAUUGCCGAUGACAACGGAGCUUUACUCAUGUGCGAUAUGGCUCACUACAGUGGUCUCGUUGUCACAAAAGAACAUGCUAGUCCUUUUGAUUACUGCGACAUUGUGACUACGACAACGCACAAGUCACUGCGUGGACCUCGUGCUGGUAUGAUCUUUUUCCGUCGUGACGAGCGGAAGUUUGAGGCUCGUAUUAACAACGCAGUCUUCCCUGCUCUUCAGGGUGGUCCACAUGAGCACCAGAUUGCUGGCAUUGCUGCGCAGCUUAAGGAAGUGCAGACACCGGAUUUUAAAAAAUAUGUGCAGCAGCUUAAGGCCAAUGCCAAAAUUUUGGCCAAGACGCUUACUGAUUUCGGGUAUUCGAUGUGUACGGGCGGCACUGAUAAUCACUUGAUCCUGUGGGAUUUGCGUCCUCAGGGUGUUACAGGCUCCAAGCUUGAGAAGCUGUGCGACAUGGUUUGCAUUACGCUGAACAAAAACGCAGUGCUAGGCGACCGCAGCGCUCUGACUCCUGGUGGUGUGCGUGUUGGCACGCCUGCUUUGACAAGUCGUGGGUUCAAGGAGGCAGAAUUUGUCAAGAUUGCCGAGUUUCUUGAUCGUGCUGUGAAGCUGUGCAUAGAAAUCCAGUCGUCAAGUGGUAAAAAACUUGUGGAUUUUGUCAAGAGCGCUGAAGCUCACGAGGGUGUUAAGCAAUUGCGUCGCGACGUCAAUGCUCUUGCCACAUCGUUUGAAAUGCCUGGCUUUAAGGUCUCCGAGAUGCGCAACAAAACUAUUGAGGAAUAA